AUGAGUGCUCCACUGCUGAAGCUUGGCGCUGUGCUCAGUACGAUGGCAAUGAUCUCAAACUGGAUGUCCCAAACUCUCCCAUCCCUGGUAGGACUGAACACCACGAGGCUGUCGGCUCCAGAUACCUUAGUAAGUCACUCUGUUGGGUUUGGCCAUCUUGGAAUGUUGAGAAUUAGCCCCAAAGAAGGGUGGCAAGUGUACAGCUCAGCGCAGGACCCCGACGGGCGAUGCAUUUGUACAGUGGUGGCUCCAGAACAAAACCUGUGUUCCCGGGAUGCCAAAAGCAGGCAGCUCCGGCAGCUGUUGGAAAAGGUACAGAAUAUGUCCCAGUCUAUAGAAGUCUUAAACUUGAGAACUCAGAGAGAUUUUCAAUAUGUCUUAAAAAUGGAAACCCAAAUGAAAGGGCUGAAGGCCAAGUUUCGGCAGAUUGAAGAUGAUCGGAAGACACUAAUGACCAAGCAUUUUCAGGAACUGAAAGAGAAAAUGGAUGAGCUACUGCCCCUGAUCCCAGUUUUGGAGCAGUACAAAACAGAUGCAAAGCUCAUCACACAGUUCAAGGAGGAAAUUCGGAACCUGUCCUCAGUCCUCACUGGGAUUCAGGAGGAAAUCGGUGCCUAUGACUACGAAGAGCUCCACCAACGGGUUCUCAGUUUGGAAACCAGGCUGCGAGACUGCAUGAAAAAGCUAACAUGUGGCAAAUUGAUGAAAAUCACAGGCCCCAUCACAGUCAAGACAUCUGGAACUCGAUUUGGUGCUUGGAUGACGGAUCCCUUAGCAUCUGAAAAACAUAACAGAGUCUGGUAUAUGGACAGUUACACUAACAAUAAAAUAGUUCGUGAAUACAAGUCCAUUGCAGACUUUGUCAGUGGAGCUGAAUCAAGGACAUACAAUCUUCCUUUCAAGUGGGCAGGAACUAACCAUGUUGUCUACAAUGGCUCACUCUAUUUUAACAAGUAUCAGAGUAAUAUCAUCAUCAAGUACAGCUUUGAUUUAGGGAGAGUGCUAGCCCAAAGAAGCCUGGAGUAUGCUGGCUUUCACAAUGUAUAUCCCUACACAUGGGGUGGAUUCUCUGACAUCGACCUAAUGGCUGAUGAAAUUGGGCUGUGGGCUGUGUACGCAACUAACCAAAAUGCAGGCAAUAUUGUCAUCAGCCAGCUUAAUCAAGAUACCUUGGAGGUGAUGAAGAGCUGGAGCACCGGCUAUCCCAAGAGAAGUGCAGGGGAAUCCUUCAUGAUCUGUGGGACUCUGUAUGUCACAAACUCCCACUUAACUGGAGCCAAAGUGUAUUAUUCCUAUUCCACAAAAACUUCCACAUAUGAGUACACGGACAUCCCCUUCCAUAACCAAUACUUUCACAUAUCCAUGCUUGACUACAAUGCAAGAGAUAGAGCUCUUUAUGCCUGGAACAAUGGCCAUCAGGUCCUGUUCAAUGUCACCCUGUUCCACAUCAUUAAGACUGAAGAUGACACAUAG